GACGUAGCACCUGAUGGUCCUGCCUGGUGAUGUCUUUAUUUACGAGGGGUAGGAAGGAGCAAAGAAACACUCAACACCAAAUUAACAAAGUUUGAGGAAGCAGCUUCACAAUCAGUUUAGUGCUCUUUCUUUCCAGCUACGCAUCAACGAAUCGAUAUCCUCAGUUCCCUCACCGCAACAAUCAAUUCGCCUUCUGCUACUCAUCCUACGCGUCGACUACUCUUAAACAGACGCAGUGACACUCAGUGCAGUAUCUCGGAUCACUUCUACUUCGAAAGGAUAUACAAACCACAAAACGAACCAAAAUGACUCGCGGCGACGUUAACCACGUGAAGGUCCACUACAGGGGCAACGACGAGGACUUUAUCGUCUUCUUGGACAGCGUGGAGGACUACCAGAAGUGGCUCAAGGACCGGUCGGUUCCGCUGGCGCAGGUGGUGUCAUCGUUCAAGGUGUUCACUACGCAUCGGCAUGGCGCCCAAGGCAUGCUGGAGGGUGCUUCCAAGGCCCUGCUGGAGAACGAGUUUGGCACCUCGAAGGAGGACGAGGCCGUAUUGAAAAUUCUGGAGAAAGGGAGCCUGCAAGAAUUUGAGAUGAGCGAGCGUCAAGGCCGAAGGAAUGAUUCAAACGGCCCUUACAUCCCUCACUAGAGAAUAUGUGACACCCCCCAGCCCUGUCGCGUCCGUUCCUUACAUAGGGUUGACGACUCCCAAGUCGGCUCCUAGCUCGAGUGAAGGAGAUUCGGGUAUCUGAUGAGGCAGUCAUGUCCUGGGACCUCCAUGGAAGGAACAGAGAAGAAAGACACCUUGUGGCUAAGAUCUGUCUGCAAUGAUUUGCAACAGGCCUGCAAGACGCAGAACACUAGUAGCACAUCUCUAGAGGAACCGUCGAGCUCACGAGAAUUAAAAUCUUUCACGAAUUGACCUGCUCUGAUUCGACUGGAGGGGUGUGACGCUUGAAAGUUGAAAGGAAUCGGGCUCACCUUGAUUACCUAUGAGGCUACGAGCAGAUUAAGUGAGGGUUGUGCUACUUCCAACCCAUCAUUCUCUGGGUCAAUGAGCGCCGUGGAACGAGCAAGCAAUCAAGUAGCACAGCAGGAU